UUGCGGCUGCAUUCUCGUGAAAAUAGGCCUUCGACACGGACAGCGGCAGCGAACACAAUCAAAAAUGAACAACAACACGGAAUUCAAAAUGCACAACAGCAAUGAGCUAGUAACAAAAUUCCGCUCGCUCAUCAAAGAAUCCAACAUCAGCUUCCAGUUGAGCGACGAAUUGCUCAUAUGCUUCCUACAAGCACGUAAAUGCGACUUACACCGGGCAACGAAGCUGCUCAACAAUUACUUGAAAACAAUGAAAAAUUAUCCGGAACUGCUUACUGAUUUGCGCCUUGAGCGUGUUAAACACGUUUUAGUUGGCAAUCAUUUUAUGUUGUCUCCGCUUCGGGACCAGCAUGGACAUCGCCUGUUGAUAAUUAACGCACUUAACUGGGAUAUCAGCGUUUGCAGUUUGGACGACAUCUUUCGUACAGCUGUAUUUUGCUUUCAAAGAAUAGUGUGUGAGCCAGAAACUCAGUCUAACGGAGUAGUAAUCAUCAUCGAUUUCAACGGCUUUACAUUUCACCAUUUUACACACUUCACACCAUCUUUCUUGAAGAAAGUAGCAGAUCUCGUGCAGGACGUGUUUCCUAUUCGUCUCAAAGGUAUUCAUGUUUUGAACGAACCGCGAGUCGUAAAAUUCCUGGUGGCAAUGAUUUGGCCCUUUUUAACUAACAAGAUUCGCAAUCGGUUGGUUUUCCAUGGUUCGUGUUUCACAACAUUACAUCGUCACGUUAACCCUUCUUGCCUACCUAGCAAUUAUGAUGGCUGGCUAGGAACACUGGACUCCAUGAAUUUUUCUCGCGUUUUGUCUGAAAAGGGCAAUGCAAAUAUGUUUGAUUGCUUCAUUUAAAAAUAAAAUUUUUUUAAGUUUCCCUAUGGACGCGCGGAAUUGGAAAAAUCAUAUUUUUACUUUCGAUAUUCCGCCAUGGUUUCAUCGCUUCUGUAAAGCCAAACGUAACAUUUAUCCCCUCCUAGGGUCCUCGCUUUAUACAUUGCAAUCUCGGGUCAUCUAUUGAUAUAAAUUGUAUUAAUAUUACACAUAUGCUGUGCGAUGUAGUAAAAUAUAUAACAGU